AUGUCAAAGCGCAAUCGUCUCCUCCGUUCCAAACCACCGCCCAACGUUCUUGCUCAGUUUCUUCCAGAGUCGAGCAACAAAUCAGCAAUCUACAACGAAACGGUCGACAUCUUAGCUUUGAAAGCUCGUCAACACGAUGGCGUGAAAAAGGAGAGAGAGCGACGGGUAUUUAAAAAAGAAUGCAACUCAAGCGAGAAAUCUAGCCGUAUGAUCACCUCUUUUUGUUCAUCCAUCUACAGGUGCCGUGCUCAGAAAUCAAUGACCUCCAUGAUGCCGCAACCGCUUUACCAAGAGUUGUACACGCCCACAACAAUCGAUGACCAUGCCUUGGAAUGCCUUGCUUGUUUUCCAGCACUCUUCCAUGUUAUCAUCCAGUUGGCAGAAUGA